AUGUUGGGUGAACAGCUGUAUACGCACAUCCAAAGGAUCCAACCACAGCUGGCAGGGAAGAUUACGGGUAUGAUGCUCGAGAUGGACAAUAGUGAAUUGUUAAUUCUUCUCGAGUCGGAAUCCCAGUUACGUUCGAAGGUUGAUGAGGCGCUGAUGGUGCUUCAGACGAAGUAG